AUGAGCGUGGAGGAGAACAUCACCCCUGCACCAGGGGACACUUUUCGGACAUGCUCGGAAUUCAUUGGAGCCGUCUCCGCACGCGAGAUGCCGGACAACCCUAGCGUGCAGCUGUGCAUCCUCAGCAUCGGUUUCGAUGUUGAGAGUGUCAUCGCGCAGCUGCUGCACCAGCGCAUGACUCUGAACAAGCCACACCGACGUGUUUACUGCGUGGUCGUCCCCGAUCGCCUUCUUCCCGGGGUGAUGACACGCUUCGCCAGCGCCAUCGAGCAUCAUCUGGCGCUGAGGCAUGCGAGGAAGACAUUACCGCGCCAAGCCGAUGCAUCUGCGGCAGUAGGGUCCUGUCUGGCGCCUCCUAUUCCGGUGGUUGCCGUUGAAGAGGGCACGGGCACCAAGGAGCGCUGCACGGUGUUUCAGCGUGGGGCGGUGGUGGUUCUUACCAGUCACUCUCUGUGCGCUGAUCUACUGCACCGGCGGCUGGCGGUGGAGCUGGUUGGAAUGGCUGUGCUGGCGUUGCCGCAUUCGCUGCUGGGCAGAGGGCGUCAGCAAGAUGGGCUGGCACCGCAGACGGCCUUCUGCGCUGAGCUGCUGCUGCGUAGUAGCAGCGGUGCGGCUGGCGGGCAGAGACCCCCGCCCAUUGUCCUCGUCUCGGAUGCGCCGGUGCUCAUGCAGAGUCUUGUACACCGGCAUCACAUGGGGGCGGAGCGGUUUGUGCAGCAGAUGCACGUUGGCGACGUUCAGCUGUUCCCGAGAUUUCGCCUGGACUUUGUGAGGCACUUUGAGGAACUCAGUCGCACUCCGCAGCGUUCACUGGCUGUGGAUCGUGUUGUGGCUCCGGUGUCGGCGAGUGUCUUGGCCUUGGACGACCUCCUCGCGAAGAUCGUGUUGGAGACGCUGCAGGAGCUGCAGCGUUUGGAGCAGCAGCUGCACAUGCGGAACAGCGCCAGCAGUGGCGACUGCUACUCCGGGGCGUCGGCUGCGGGGGGCUCACACCCACACGCGCGGUCCUUUGCGGCCCGGUGUGCUACCGCUGCGGCAGAAGCCGACGAGGAUACCGGCGCGCACCGCUUUCUGCCGCGCGCCAGGCUCACGGCAAGUACCGUAAACGGCCAUCUCGACUACAGCACCUACCCGCGCAUCAACACGGCCAGGGGAACCAGUGCUGCGUCGUACAUCCGCCGCGGCUGGCGUGCAUCGACGCAGCACGACGACAAGGGCAUUCUCUUUAGCGGCAUCAGCGAGACGGCGGCUCUCUCCGUGGACUUCUCCGACCUCGACGGCGAUCUCCGCGCGGUGGUGCGCUGUCACGAGUCUCACUGGCCGUACCGGCUCCUCACGGAAAGUCUCAUCGACGUUCGGCGUCUGCGCCGUGCUGCGCGUGGAACGGCGUACACAUUUCUUCUCGAGUUGGAGUCGGUGCUGGAGCGUCGACUGCCGCGGCGCAGCGUCUACGGCACCGGGACAACGCCACCUGCCGCGCUGUGGACUCUCUCUUCUCACUUCCACGACGUUGUCACGGUCGCAACACACCGCAUCGGGACCGUGGUGUACAAAAGCAGUGCUGCCUCCGUCGCGCUCUCUACUCCUACGCACGGUGCCGCAACGCGUCCUGCGAGCUCUGCUGAGGAUGUGGUCGUGGUGGUGGACAGCAGCAGCGACAGCGAGGAGAAGCGCAAGGGGCUACAGGAUGUGGUCGCGGCCUCUGCCGCUGCUGCGCCGCCCGACCAGGUGGCGACCUCGGCAGGUGCCACAAUGGUGCCUCAGCUCAUACCCAAUGCGGAGGAACACGAAACGGAUGUGGAGGUGGUGGUGCGGCUGGUGGUGAGCUGGUGUCGCACAGUGUUGCGGCGUGGCGCACGCAAAGGCGACGCCGCGACGGAUGUGUCAGCGGCUCAACCCACCCUGCUUUUUCUUACUUUCGGCACCAACGCCGUCGUGCGUUACACGGAACGCCUCACAAACUCGCUGGAGGCUUACCAGCGACUGCAGCUUCGGCGUUUCAUGCGUGUGUACCAGUCCAAGUACGGCGUGGAGUUGACGGAGUUCGUCGAGGCCCAGUCGACAGAGGCUGCGGCGUCGCAGCUGGGUACAGAGCUCUUCACCAGCGCAGAGGACGUCGAUGACGCCUCCAGCGACGUGGAGGGAGACGUGACAACGGACGAGGACAACGGCACUGAUGACCGCAGAGAUUCACGUGCCGCGGCCUCCCUGAGGCGCCGUCUGUCGAGUCAAGGCGGCCGUGCCACCGCCGCUACACAGCGCGACGCAGGUCCUUUGUACACUGAUGGAGGCAGUAGCAGCCAGGGAGUGAUGAUGGACAUCGGCGCAGGCGCCUUCCACCAAGCCCUCCUCUCACAGCUGCCGCCGCUCCUCGCCAAAGGCGGCGAGAGGGCAGACAUGAGAUGCGACAGUGAGCCUGAACCUGCACCACCGGCUUCCCUUGCCACUCCGCUGCUAAUGCUGGAGAGGGUCAGGGAGGGGGUCGUGACGCUCUGCCCCGAUUGCCGUGGCGCCAACGGGGGCGGCAGUGCCACUGCCACCACUUCUUUCCAGCGGAUGCCACGCGUGUUGGUGUUCGACGCAUCCGCGAUGUCUGCAACAGAGAUGACCAUGCUGCUGGAUGGCUCACACACUGCUUUACAGCUUGAUGUCCCGUCGACGGCAGCAGCGCGGAUGUCUGGCGCGCCCACCAACGGCACCCAGGGGAGUGACAGCGUCAGGGCCUGCCUGCGCGUUGAGCGGGUGGUGUUGGCGCGUCAGGAGCUGGUGCUUCUCCGUCAGCUUGAGAUGGCGCAGGACGAGCUGCCGGCGGAGCGGCUUGCCACUAUCAAGGUGCAGCUCGUCACAACUAGCCUGGCGGAGCUCGACUUCAAAAAGGCAGUGCAGGCAGAGCAGCAGGCCUUCGAGAGCCUCGCGCACACGAAAGCCACACUGACCGGGACGCUGCUCGUUGACCAGACAUCGUUGCGGCAGACAGAGGAGGCGCUGGAGAGUGGCAUGCUGGUGUCGCGGAGUCGUCCUGGCCCGCGCAAGGGUGCGGCGGUGGGACGAUUGGCUGGCACCUUCUUGUACGCGCCUGCCCUUCCGCCCCCGGCGCUGCCGCGGGUUGUGUUUGAUGAGCGAGAGUUCCGCUCUUCGCUGCCGUACCACCUUUACCGUCGUGGAAUGGAGCUCAUCCCGCUGACACUGACGACGGCCGACUACGUCCUCUCCCCUGAGUACGCGGUGGAGCGUAAAAGCGUGCAGGAUUACCUCCAGUCUGUCAUGUCCGGCCGCAUUCAGCGUCAACUGGCGGCGCUCGCCCGUAAGUAUGCGCACCCGUUAUGUCUCAUUGAGUUCCACCGCGGCAUUCCGUUCCGGCUGAUGCAGAGCGGCAUCUACGCCAAGACGGCAGCACUCAUGGCGGCCUACCCUCGCGUCCGCUUUGUGUGGGCACGCAGCCCUGCGCAUGCGGCAGGUAUGCUGGUGCUCUUGAAGAAGUCCGUCGCGGUCGCCAACGUGGACCCGGCCGAUCCGUUACUCACAGGCACCUCCAUUGACCCAGGUAGCGCGGCGGACGUGGGAGGCGUGGCGGUCACUGCGGCGGAGCGGGAGACGGCGCAUUACGCGGCACGCGUUCUGUCCAAGUUCCCGGGCAUUACCCACCAGAAUGCGCCCCGUGUGAUGCAGCUCUGCGGCUCGCUGAUCGGACUUGCAACGAUCUCGCAGGCCUCGCUGGUGGCGGUCAUGGGUGAGGAGGACGCAGCGCGGCUGUACAACUUUCUCCAUUCACCCUUCCAUUAG